ACUUCAGGAAGGAAGGCCAAAGAGCCCACUGCGAUCCCCUUCACACCUCCUUCUCCCCGCGCCGUACGCAGCACCGAGCACCCCCGCGGCCGGCUUCUGCACGCAGCAACCCCCACCGCCGCAUCAAGCAAUCCCCCGCGGCUUCUGCAAUCUGGUCCCCCCCCCCCCCCCGGGUCGCCCCUAACACCCACGGCAGUGGUGUUGAGCGCGGCGGCCACGAGCGGCGGGCGGCGGCCGCCUCCUGCGGCCGGGCAGGCGGCUGCCCCUUCUCUUCGAGUUCGCGGCCACCGCCUGUGGCUGGAUCCGUUGUUCGCCGCCGGGAACGGGUAGGGUACACUGGCUAGAUCUAGAGUACGGUUGGCCGUUCCCCGGCCUGACCAGGUCCGGCGAACCGGUCCCAGUCCGCUGUUGAACCCGACAGCCGGAGGACUACACGGAGGAGGUGGCGGAAAAUUAGAGCGCGUCGCCCCUCCGUCGUCCUCAGCGCUCCACCCCGGCGUCUGUGGCAGCCAUUCCUAUGGCUGCGCGACCGCGCUUUUGUCGCCGCGGGAUCUCGACAUCUGACACAGGAGAACAACGGUUGGAGCGCUGCACAACUGUGGCGAAUGGGCGAUCCUUCAUCAGCACUACGCAGAAGACGGGCACCAAGAGGAAGAAGGCACCAUGCCCACAGCUGAUGGAAGAAAUUAUUAUGGAAAUCCUGUUGCGCCUGCCUGUCAAGUCCCUCCUGCGGUUCAGGUCUGUGUGCAAGGCCUGGCGAGCCAUGAUCAAUAACCCCAUGUUUAUCCGCGAUCACCUGCGCCAUUCUGCCUCCAAGUGGGAACAGAGCCCGUGCUUCAUCGUCAGCCCACACACCCUGGACAGAAUCAUCCCUGACGAGCUCUGGCCAACCACCUUCUCCAAUCACUUCCCCUUCUAUCAAUGGCAGCUGCAACCCAAUAAUAAUGUGGCCACCUUCUUGGACUCCAAGGACUUCCCUGGCCAGUUCAAAAGGCUGCGCCACUUCAUGCACUGCGAUGGCCUGGUUUUUGCUCCCACUGAUUCCAGCCUCUACCUCUUCAACCCAGCCACCAGGGAGGCCAUCACUCUGCCCAACAGUCGCCGCAACAAUCUACGAGCAGGUGGAAGAGGCAGCUGCUAUUGUGCAGGUUUCGGCCUUGACCCACGCACCGGCAAGUACAAGGUGGUCCAGGCCUUCUACCGCUCACUAGAUCCCGACACAGGAAUGGGCACAGACAUGGGCAUGGAGGUGUUCACCGUUGCUGGCGACGACGGUGGUGCUUGGAGGGAGAUUACGAGCAAUCCUCCGUACCCUGCCAAGAUAAUCCAGACCGCCAAGGCCGUUGGUGGGUUCAUGUUCUGGCGCCUCGCCAACCGCCAACUUGAGCAGACACUAAGCGGGAUCCUUCAUCUUAGUCUGGAAGAAGAGGAGUUUGGGAUCACUGGGGUGCCAGCUCAUUUGACUCCUGAUGAAAAAUUCACGCUGGACGUGCUACGUGGCCGGGAUCUUUGUCUGACGUCCCACACCGAUGACACAUUGUUUAUAUGGAUAUUACCUGUAGCAGAUAAGGGCUUGAACACACUAUGGGAGUGGCAUUACGCCAUCCAGCUCUCAGGUCUUUGCCGUACAAUGGCUCUUCCUCCUUUCAGCGACGGAAUCAUCUUGUACGAUACUGAAAAUAUAUGCUGCUACGACCUGGCAACUCUCAAGCUGAGGGUAUUAUGCAAAUUGCGUCACAUGAGGUACCAGGGGGCACGCAACUGGAAAAAUCUCUUCAACUUCGAUGUCGAGCCCUUCACGGAAAGUCUUAUUCGGAUCACUUAACAGCCGAUCGAUCAUGAGAAUAACAGCUUGUGCUGCAAGUAUAUUAUCUAUUUUCGUGCUUGUUGAACUGAUAUGUAAUAAGUUGAAAGUUGUAUGCUUAGCUACUGAAUAUAUGUUUUGGUGUAUAUUUUCAGCUUAGCCAUAUAUUUA